CUAACGUAUCCUAUUUUGGUUUUAUCCACCUGUACAUGUGCACGUUUUACAAAUUCAGUCAGAGCGGAGCAUUGCUGUUGUUCUUUAUUGUGGAACCUAAAUGUAAAAUACAGCAUCGUAUAAAAUAAAGAAUUCUUGAGGGUGGCAUAACGUUAGUUGGGGAUUUUUAACACGUAGCAAAGAGGUAAAUUUAUUCGUCGUGCUGUGGAAUAUUGUGCAAAAGUUCCGGCCAAUAUCCGACCUGAGAAUUAUUAUUUGAUAGUCAUACCGAUGUACAUGUACAUAUACUAUCAUGAGGCAAGGCCACUUGUGUUUGGAAAUGGGUAGGUCUUUUAGGUAUUUACUGGUUCAAUUUUUAAAAUGUACUCUUAUUGAUUUUUGUGGUAUUCCAUUUAAUAGGUGUAUACAUGCUGUAUGUAUCUACUGUAUGUACAAAUGUUCUUACUUUAUAUGGGCCACUUGCAUAUGGUACCGUACCGUAGGCUUACAUACACACGUAAUUACAUGCACGCGUGAAGGAAAUCUUACGCAUACGUCAUCAGUACAUAAUGAGAACUCAACUCCGAAACCCUUCUUACAAUGGUACACUCCUGUGAGUAAGUACAUACACGCGUAAAGAAAAUCUUACUCUAGAGAAAAAUGUAUUAGCUAAUACGUUAGCUACGUAAGCUUGUAUCAAAUUCAAAACCCUACUUAAAAUGGAACCUUCCUGUAUUUUCAAAAUGCCACCAAAGCCCCUCCUUAAAUUACCUACACCCCCGCGGAAAAUGGAAUAUUCCCAUUCCUCAUUUUAAGCUAAUGAGGGUGACGCGGGGCCAAAUCUGGCCUUCUGAUUGUUCGAGAGGCCGCAAAAUAUCCUGGUUAGACCCUGGGUACUACUCAUGUGGGAGGAAUGAUUUCUGAAAGGUCAAAAGGUCAUCUUUGUGUUCCUCCAAGUAUAGCUCUAUGCUUGUACGGAGCGUUACACGGCACAUUGUCCAAGGUGCCACUUCAAUACGGGAAGGCUACGGGUGCGCAUAACGUCAGUGACUUGAAAAGUGUGUGUGUGGGGGGGGAGGUAUUCUAUUUGUAAUUCCCAAGUCAAAAAAGGGGGGGGGGUAUAUCCCCCACCCUUGGGAUCUCCGCCCAUGUUGUCACCUUCUUUUGAUGGGGAAGGGUAAAUUCGUUCUCCUAUGGCUGGAAAAAUGGGCUAUCGAUUCAGGAACAAUAGUGCCCCGGACUCAAAACCUAGACACGCCACCGUCCCCUUCCUCCUUUUAUUAAUAUCUGAUAUUUUAAAAACAUUAAUUACCAAGCUUACACAACUGAGAACAGGCAACCACCAGCAAUACGUCCUUCCGUGUCAUUUUACAGGUUUUCCCAGUGGAUUUGAUAUUUUUGUCUAUGCAAUUUGAUUGAAUUCCAUGUCACUUUGUGUCGGACAACUGCAGGAACAGCCUUUAGCCCAUUAUCUGGGCUUAAGAAUUGUUUUUUUUUUGCCAUUAAACAACCUCGUUCCUAUAGUAUGGAGCAUUGUGGCCCCGUGGCUACCUUCUCUCACCCUGGAAUUAGAUCAUUUACAUGUCCAAAAUUCUUGGAUGCGUAUGUUAAUGAGGAAUAGUCUGGUGCCUGACCAUGCUUUCAAUAGCAUUCGAUUUACCAUGCGGUGCCCUACAUGAAAACAGCGUCAAUUCUCCGCGGUGUGUGUAUUCUGUCUCGGAGAGCGCGAAAGGGAAAGUGUUCAGAAGUGUAUUUAAACUCAAAGGCUGAAUUCGGGCGGCGUGUUCUCGUAUGUUCACGAACAGCUUGAUUUGUCGUUCUUGGGUCGGCCGCUCGAACGCCGGGAACGUACAAUUGGUCAUCGGUUGUGUGACAUCAUGGCUGGGGAGGGCCGAGGCACCUUGAACCCCCCUUGAGGUAAACGCUACUGAGCAAGCGGAGGCAAUCCGGAAUGAGCUGGGGCCAUUGCUAUUUCCCGCUGAUCAGCCUUGGUGUCACAUUUUAAUGCACGCUCAGAAAUUCCGCACUGCUGUCUUUAAAAGAAUGAUCCAAUUGGCCAGCACUAAGAAAGACCCUACAUCAUCCUUUGGCGUGGUUCUGUCGAAUUUGAUGGUCUGACCAGGCACAAGACCAAACCCACAACCGAAGAAUAACACCUCAACAACCGCAGCAAUAUUUAAUGACAGUUACCAUGGUGGUCGCACCUUUCACCAUGUUGUUGUUGCUGAUUACCUACAACACUUCUAUGGGAAGAUGUACAGCUCCUUCUGCCUUGCCAGGAGACAAAAACGCCUCCGCAGAGAACAACUUGUCUGGUUCCCAGCCUACACUCGUCGAAGACGAGCAUUCAAUCAUUUUUACACAAGGGACCUUCUCCCCUUCCAAUAGUCCUUCCCCCAGCAGUACAGACUCACCUAACCCCCGCCCCACGGAGAAUGUGAUCGACGGUUUGUCGGCAAGGGAGAGAGCGUUCCGUAUUGCUAUGUUGCGGAUGCAACUUCAGGAGAAACUCGGCCUGACAGAGCUGUCCCCGGCUUCAGACAAGCCGUAUCGAACCCUACCCCUGGCGAUCAAGAAGCGACUGAUGGACCACCAGCCACCCCAGCGAGACUUACCGAGAUAUGAACGACCAGCCAGCCAAAUUACCGAAGUCUUGUCAUACGCUGAAAAUUAUACCAACGAUUGCCCCGAGCCGGGAUUCUGCUUUCGGUUCCACCUUGUUAGGGAUAUCAUAGGUAAAACCGUCAAGUCCGUUCAUCUUUGGCUAUUUCUAACCUCGUCUGAAGACUUCAACCGAAGCCCCGCAAGGCGCUUGACAAUAUGGUUGCUCAAUGCAAAGGAUACCGGAAUCAAACGAGAAGAGUUGGCUACUAAGGUGAUGAGCAAACGAGAGGGUUGGUUUCAUCUUAAAUUACCACGGGAGAAGAAUGACUGGAGCUCCACAGAACACCGUCUUCAGCUGACAAACGCUGCUACGGACUUCUUCACCGACUCUUCCCAGGAACCCCUGCAGUUUCCUCCCGUGUCCCUAGCCAGAGAUGAGCUGCCAGUACUGGCUGUGGCUGUUGACCCAGACAAACAUCAUCAAAGACUACGGCGUCAAAGUCAGUGCCAAGGGGACUCAGACACCUGCUGCUUGCAGUAUUUCGAGGUGGACCUAAAACAAGUGAUGGAGGCGACAAUAUAUCGGCCGAGCACCAUUUUUGCCAACUUCUGCCGGGGCAGCUGCCUCCAAGUAAGUAACUUCGCGACAAGCCACGCGUACGUGAUGCGAAACCAGGCCCUGGCCGAGACGGAUGAUGAUCUUCGUCGAUACCUGUCGCCGUGCUGCGUGCCUGCCACAUAUGAGCCCCCGGUAUCUAUCCUGUAUCGCCUGACUGACGGUACAUUCAUCCAAAGGCUCGUGAGUGAAAUAUCGGCCCAGACCUGCGUUUGUAAAUAGUUAAAAGAUUUUUCCUAACCAAACCAAGCAAACUCACCAAUUCUGGUGUCCUUUGUGGCCAUUAAAACCAGAACAUAAUUAAUGUAUGUUGAUCACUUCGCUGGUUUCUAAUAGCAACAGAGCGGCUUCAUUUUAUGCGGAAAACAAACAGAAACAAAGCAAUUUUUUCCACCAUUUAUAGAAUUACAAUUUUUCCAUCAAAAUGAGCCUAUGAUCGAAUGUCCAUUGUAAUAAUUCAAGUUUACAAAAUUGCAACGUUUCUUUUUUUAGUAUAUAUUAUAAACCAAAAUUUAUGCUUGGGAUUAAAUAGUGUUUGAUGUUAAGACAGGGGUGGCAAAGUGAUUUCAGGUGAUGAUUUUGUCACAAAAUGUAACUUUUGACCAAAGACACAGACUAUUAAAAGUCAAAAACAACAGCAGCUCAACUUCCCCUACCGUCUUCUAAGAAAUAAAAGUGACAUUUCCUAGAUUGCAAUUGGAA